GCUCGCGAGAUUUUGCUGGUUCCGCAUUUCGGGUCGGCAAGGUGGGGGUGGCGAGCGCAGCCGCUAGCACCGGUGAGACCCCCCCCCCCCACCGGCUCGGAGCAGCGGCACCCGGUGCUUCCGCUGGCAAAGAGCUGAGGACCGUCCACUUCCUCGUGGUUCCCGCGCGGGCUCCGAAUCCAGACCGCGGCGGGGGCCAGCGGCCCCUCCCCUCCGAGGAUAGAAGAUGAGCUUCCUCUUCAGCAGCCGCUCUUCCAAAACGUUCAAACCAAAGAAGAAUAUCCCUGAGGGCUCUCAUCAGUAUGAACUCUUAAAACAUGCAGAAGCAACUCUAGGAAGUGGGAAUCUGAGACAAGCCGUUAUGUUGCCCGAGGGAGAGGACCUCAAUGAAUGGAUUGCUGUUAACACUGUGGAUUUCUUCAACCAGAUCAACAUGUUAUAUGGAACUAUUACAGAAUUUUGCACUGAAGCAAGCUGUCCAGUCAUGUCUGCAGGUCCAAGAUACGAAUAUCAUUGGGCAGAUGGUACCAAUAUUAAAAAGCCAAUCAAAUGUUCUGCACCAAAAUACAUUGACUAUUUGAUGACUUGGGUUCAGGAUCAGCUUGAUGAUGAAACUCUUUUUCCUUCCAAGAUUGGUGUCCCAUUUCCCAAAAACUUCAUGUCUGUGGCGAAGACCAUUCUAAAGCGCCUGUUCCGGGUUUAUGCCCAUAUUUAUCACCAGCACUUUGAUUCUGUGAUGCAGCUGCAAGAGGAGGCCCACCUCAACACCUCCUUUAAGCACUUUAUCUUCUUUGUUCAGGAGUUUAAUCUGAUUGAUAGGCGUGAGUUGGCACCUCUUCAGGAAUUAAUUGAGAAGCUUGGAUCAAAAGACAGAUAAAUGUUUCUUCUAGAACACAGUUCCCCUCUUGCUCAUCUGCUAGAACUCUGUCAUUGCUAUCUGUUAUAGACUAAUGAUACAGACUUUAAGAGAACAGGAUAAAAAGACACCUGUUGUUUUUAUCUACUGAUAAAAUUGUCCCAAAGGUAGGUUGGCCUAAUCCUUUAGUGAGAAAUUCAAGACAUGACUGAAUCUGAGGCACUGUGUGACCACUCCUGUUAUUGUCAGAGUCAUACUUGGUUGUAAUAUGUGAUGACUAACAUGUAGUCUAUUAGUUUAUUUAUGCUUUUACUGAAGAAAAUGUGCUUCAGGUAACAGCAUAAUGGCUAUUGAGAAUUCCCAGCAAUAAUUUAUUAACAGAUUUCCAGAGCAAAUUACCUAAUGCAAUCAGAUCAGUUUUAUUCUGCUUUUAUUUACAAAUAGAAGAGGUAUUUUUAAGUUUCCUUAAGAUUUAGAACAUUUGUGUGUUACUUUGGAUAUCCUUUUAGUUUGAAGUUUGUAUGCUAGUGUUUUUAUAGGUAAGAAUAUAUAUGUGUGUUUAUUUUUUCAAAAUCCGUGAUUGCAUUUUGAAUCCUCAUAUGACCUGUGUGGUUGGUAUGGGAGUAACCAGAGUUAUGUCUAAAAUGACUUUAUUUUUUAAUCUUUAUUUGGGAUUUUAUUUACAUAAACCUAUCUAAAUUUUUAGGAGUGUGUAUAUCAUAAAUAAUUUUCUUAAGGCAUAUAAGGAUAGUCUUUUGAAUUUUUAUUUUGAAAUGCUUCAUUCAGAUUCAUUCAAAUAGGUAGCUUUUCGCUUAGAAAAAGACUGCAAAAAAUUAUAACAAAUUUAGGUCUCAGAACCACUAUUUUCAUUCAUGCUGUUUUUCAGAGGCCUUGACAUUCUGGAUAGGAGAAUGGAAGAAAGUACUCAGAGUACUUGAUGAUUUUCUUUUGAGUGUCCUUUAAAAAAAAACAAAAAAGAAUUACUUCUACAUGUUUUUAUUGUGACUUGAGACUUAGUUAGGAGUAGUGUAGAAAUACCUAAACUUUAUCCCAAUAAGGAUAAAACUUAAGGAAGACCAUAAUAAAAAACCUUGAAGGUGUACACAUUUUAUAACUCAGCUUAAAGUUUGGUGUGCUACCGUGUGUGUGUGUGUGUGUGUGUGUGUGUGUGUGUGUGUUGAAAGGAAACAAAAUGGGAGGAAUGAGUAAAAAACAUCUUCCUUCAAGUAGUCCAAGGAUGGAUGGAAUCCCCAUAAGGGGUUUAAUCCUGUUUUGAUUGUUUUUGUAUCGAAACUUGAAAUUCUUCUAUUGGGAUAAAAAGAAUCUUCCCCUUUAGUGAAAUAAAGGCCGUCAGGUUUCUAGGAUGCAGUGAACUCCAGCUACCUGUCGAGAAUGUUCCGGGCAUGGGUAUACUGAAGGCUUGCCAGACCGGUGCUGCUCUGCGUUCGUCUGCAUUCUGGGUUUCAGAGCCGUGACUUUUGCGAGUACUAACCAACUCCCUCGAUGGUUUUGAUAAAAGAUUAGAUUUGUUAAGUUUUUUUGUUGUUAUUUAUUUUUAGUGUCCUACAAAAGUAUGAAGAAUUGCUUCGGAACUCCCAUUUUUGUAAUAAUUCAGUUUCAUACCCAGAUACCCAGAAUUUUAAAGGAAACAAAGCAUUUCAUCUAUUUUAGGCUAAAACCAUCCAUCAUUUCAGGAAUUAAAAAGUGGGGUAAUGAAUCCCUCAUGAAAAAGAGAGAAAAGCCAUCUGAAACAUUCCACAAUCCAUGAUUUAAGCUUAUCCAAGGGUCCCUGUCAGGUGUCCUGUGUGUUCAUGUUGAUCAUUAACAAGAAAGCAGGUUUCUAGAUGCCUCCUAGAACAUUACUGCCUCUCAACUUUGGCUUUAAUUAAGUCUUCAAGGAAUGAAAUUAUAUUUCUCAACUAGGGUUGUACUUUUCAUCAUUUCUGAUAUUUUGUAAUUCUUAAA